CUUCCCCUACCCCCCCCUAUAUGUCCCUCGCCCCCACUCUCGCCAUCUCUUCAAACCUCCUUUCUCCUUCUCAAAUCAAGCCAGAAAAUCUGGUCUCAAAGCCAUUUUCUGGCUUUUCUUCAUCAUCAUCGUCUGAAGCUUUUUCUGGUUUCAUAUAACCAUUAAAAAUGGAGUGAAGAAGGGGUCAGCUUAAGUGUUUUUUCUUCAUAUUCUUUGCUUUAUUGCAUCAAAAUCUUUGCUGGGGAGUUGGUUUUGGCUGCAUCAUUCAUUUCUUGCUGUUCAUAUCUUGAGGAGGAGUAGAGGAGUAAAGGGUAGUGGAAGAUAGUGAAAAGUUUUGAUCUUGAUAACUCUUGAAACCCUCUUAAGAGGAGAGCUUUUUGCAAGCCAGAGAAAGAUGAUAUCAAUCACAGACCUCUACCAUGUGCUUACAGCUGUGGUUCCUCUCUAUGUGGCCAUGAUCUUGGCCUAUGGUUCAGUGAAAUGGUGGAAAAUCUUCAGCCCAGAUCAGUGUUCGGGCAUCAACAGAUUUGUGGCUCUCUUUGCUGUCCCUUUACUCUCUUUCCACUUCAUCUCUACCAACAACCCUUAUGAAAUGAACUACAGGUUCAUUGCUGCUGACACUCUUCAGAAACUCAUAGUUCUUGCUGUUCUUGCUGUCUGGUCAAGGGCCAGCUCCAGAGGAUCCCUUGAGUGGUCCAUCACUCUCUUCUCUCUCUCCACACUCCCCAAUACUCUUGUUAUGGGGAUUCCUCUGUUGAAGGGGAUGUAUGGGGAGUUCUCUGGGAGCUUAAUGGUUCAGAUUGUUGUUCUGCAAUGCAUCAUUUGGUACACUUUGAUGCUUUUCUUGUUUGAGUACAGAGGCGCCAGAAUGCUCAUUGCUGAGCAGUUCCCAGACACUGCUGGCUCCAUUAUUUCAUUCAGAGUUGAUUCUGACAUCAUUUCUUUGGAUGGUAAAGAGCCUCUGCAAACUGAGGCUGAGGUUGGUGAAGAUGGGAAGCUUCAUGUGACUGUAAGAAAAUCAACCAGCUCAAGGUCUGAGAUUUUCUCAAGAAGAUCUCAUGGCCCAAAUUCUGGUGUUUCUCUGACCCCAAGACCGUCAAACUUAACCAAUGCAGAGAUUUAUUCUCUGCAGUCAUCAAGAAAUCCAACUCCAAGGGGCUCAAGUUUUAAUCACACUGAUUUCUAUUCAAUGGUGAAUGGAAAGAAUGCUAGCAAUGUAAGUCCAAGGCAAUCAAAUUAUGGUAACUUGGGGUUUGAUGAGGAGAGUGGGUAUGGGAAUCCAUCAAGAGCUAAUGGAGCUUAUGGGCAGGGCAAUGCAGGGUAUCCAGCACCUGCAAGUGCCGGAAUCUUCUCUCCGGUAUCGGGACCAGGGGCGAAAAAGAAGGCUAAUGGGGCUGAGGGUGCUAAAGAUCUUCACAUGUUUGUUUGGAGUUCUAGUGCUUCACCAGUUUCUGAAGGAGGGAUUCAUGUUUUCAGGGGAGGCGACUAUGGUAAUGAGCUCAACGUUGGAGCUCACCCCAAAGACUACGACGAUUUUGGGCGAGAUGAGUUCAGUUUUGGGAACAAGCAGGGGGCGAAUGGGACUGAGCGUGACGGACCUGUGUUAUCAAAGCUCGGUUCAAGCUCCACCGCCGAGCUUCACCCCAAGACGACCGUAGAUACCAAGCCAACCGCCAUGCCUCCCACCAGUGUGAUGACCAGGCUAAUACUGAUCAUGGUGUGGCGGAAGCUGAUCAGGAAUCCGAACACAUACUCUAGCCUCUUUGGACUUACGUGGUCUUUGGUCUCGUUUAGGUGGCAUGUUGAGAUGCCGGCAAUAAUAGCCAAAUCCAUAUCCAUUCUGUCCGAUGCUGGUCUUGGGAUGGCAAUGUUCAGUCUUGGUUUGUUCAUGGCUCUGCAGCCAAGAAUCAUUGCGUGUGGGAAAUCCGUUGCUGCCUUCUCCAUGGCCGUCCGGUUCCUCACCGGACCUGCAGUUAUGGCUGCUGCUUCGAUUGCUGUUGGGCUUCGAGGGGUCCUCUUGCACAUUGCAAUCGUUCAGGCAGCUCUCCCACAGGGAAUUGUUCCGUUUGUUUUCGCCAAGGAAUACAACGUCCAUCCUGACAUACUCAGCACCGGGGUCAUAUUUGGGAUGCUAGUAGCUCUGCCCAUAACUCUAGUCUACUAUAUAUUGCUGGGACUCUGAAGAUGAAUGCAUCACUACAGCUGCAGAAGUUAAAACUAAUGACAAAAGAGAAGAGCUAACGCUUUUGCAAUGGAAUUUUUUGGGGUUCUAACAGAGACAACAUAGAAGGAUCAGAAGUACUUCAGCAGAACAAAGAAAGAGAAGAACAUGGGCUGUCUUCUUCUGUCCAAACCACCUCUAAUUUCAAGAAUU